GCCGCCUCCGGGUCCCGAGGUGCCGUCGCCGCCAGCCGGUCGGGAGCGCGCGAGGCGCCGGCUGCCUGGAGGGAGAGCCGGGCCGAGAGCCGCCGCCGCCGCCGGGAGGGAGCCGCGGGCUGGGGACGCGGGCAUGGCGCUGCUGCUGCGCUUCGUGCUCCUGUGCGGGGUCGCGGAUCUUGCCCGAAGCUUGCAUAUCACCUCUCAGGAGCAGAUGAUCGAGAAGGCUAAAGGGGAGACGGCCUAUUUGCCCUGCAAGUUCACCCUGGACCAGGAGGACCAGGGCCCUCUGGACAUUGAGUGGUUGCUCUCGCCUGCUGACAACCAGAUCGUGGAUCAAGUGAUUAUUCUAUAUUCUGGAGACAAAGUUUAUGAAGACUACUAUAAAGAUCUGAAAGGACGAGUACACUUUACAAGCAACGAUCUCAAAUCUGGCGAUGCAUCAAUAAAUGUCACAAACCUACAGUUGUCAGAUAUUGGCACUUACCAGUGCAAAGUGAAAAAAGCCCCUGGUGUUGGCAAUAAGAAGUUUCAACUCAACGUUCUUGUGAAGCCCUCGGGGACGAGGUGUUCCAUCGAUGGAUCAGGAGAAAUCGGAAACGACUUUAAACUGAAGUGUGAGCCCAAGGAAGGUUCGCUUCCAUUGCGAUACGAAUGGCAGAAGUUGUCGAAUUCACAGAAACUGCCCACCUCGUGGUUAGCAGAUAUGAAUUCACCAGUCAUCUCAGUGAAGAACGCCACCACGGAGUACUCUGGGGUGUACAGUUGCACGGUCAAGAACAGAGUGGGUACCGACCAGUGCAUGCUCCGCCUCGACGUGGUUCCCCCUUCAAACAAAGCCGGGACAAUUGCCGGAGCUAUUAUAGGAAUUUUGCUGGCGCUUGUGCUCAUAAGCAUAGUCAUCUUCUGCUGUCGAAGGAAGCGCCGAGAAGAAAAAUACGAAAAGGAAGUUCAUCAUGAUAUCAGGGAAGACGUCCCGCCGCCCAAGAGCCGCACGUCCACCGCCCGGAGCUACAUCGGCAGCAACCACUCGUCCCUGGGCUCGAUGUCCCCGUCGAACAUGGAAGGCUACUCCAAGACGCAGUACAACCAGGUGCCCAGCGAGGACUUGGACCGCGCGGCGCAGAGCCCGACGCCGCCCCCCGCCAAGGUAGCGGCCCCUAACCUUAGCAGGAUGGGAGCGGUGCCCGUGAUGAUCCCCGCCCAGACCAAGGACGGCUCGAUCGUCUAGAGCCCCGCCACCCCGCCGCCCUGCCGCCGCUGCGCCCUCCACCCCGCGCCUCCUCUUCCGAAAUGCGAACGCUUGACUCGGUUCUGACUUUUAUCACUAGCCUCAGAGUAUAUCGCGGAAGACGCUCACCACCAACCGUGAGAGAAGGACGUCCACGAGCGUUGGUUGGGUGGCCCUGAGAUAGGAAAGGCAUCCCGCUCACUAGAGACAGACUCCCCCGGUGGAAAAACCUCUUCCCUUUCGGAGGUUGGCUUCUCUAGGUUUCUAGGCGUCAGUGCUCGAGCCAGAGGUUGCACUGUCGAAUAUGAAAUCGCAGAUGAGAAACAUUGGCCAACUCCUGUCCACCAGGGGGUACUUGAAUCAGUUGGAAGUGGUCCUUUGGUGCUUCUGCUGGGAUCUUUGGGAUGCUUUUUCAAAAAUUGAUUUGUGGCCAAUGAUUCACUCCCCAACCUCGCCCCACCCCCAACCCCCUAAAAACGGUAAAGAAAAAACAUAUGGCAAAAAUAUUUAUCGACAUUAGUUUGCUCUGAUAUUUGUUUUUUCCCUUGGAAACCCCCCCCCACCCCAGAGUGCUUGGAAUAUCUCUAAUAACCAAGAAAAACACUGCAGUGCUCUAGAAAAUUGCUAGUUUUACAUCUAAAGACUUGCGUAGAUUUUGCCCACGAAAUGAUUUCUUAAGUAUUUAAUUGCUAGAUUGUGCUAGAAACUGGGGGUCUGGUAAGCUCUUUUACAUGAUAAAUAAAGGAGCACUGAGCAGAUUAAUUUAGAAGACUCGCUGUGAGUUCGUUAUAGCUACAGCACAUGGCAGGCAGUGGCUUGGCCUGGAAGUAGCUGAUGAGUUAUUACCCAGUGCCCCGAGGCCUGUGGUGUCUUCAGACCUCCAGAACAGUGAGCAGAUAGAUGAAAAUACAGUAUUUUGCAGUUCCAAACUGAAUACUGGCUGUUCACUUCAGGGGAUAUUUUUCUAAUAAGAAAGAUGUAAUAACUCAAUUAUUAUUAGACAAUUCUAAGAUUAUCUAAAUAAUCAGAUUGACAUUGAGCCAGUCUGAUUACUGGUUCCAAAUUUUAAGGCUUUCUACUCCUUUUUCAUUGUGGUUUAUUGAUUUUUUUUUUUCUCCCCCUUGGGUGGUUGUCCCACAUAUGUUCCAGAAAUAUAACCCAAUAUUUAUCCACUUGAGUGCAGCUCUUGGAGGAUGUUUUCUUUUAGACCAAGAAUAGUGAAAUACUUUUAAGCUAGUGAGAGUCCUUCAUUAAUUCUGCCUUUCAGAUUGGGGAGGAUGUACAGUUGCUAUUGUAUGGCCGACAUGUCUUUGUGUAGGUGCAGAAAAUCAAGUUGAGCUUUGAGUCUUAGUUUUGUGAAAGUGAUUUAUUCUUUAAAACAAACAAGCAAAAAAAAAAAAUUUAAAUGAAAGGAAAGGGAGUAAAAGUUAAUACUCCUAACUGCCAAACGUGUUAAAUACUGUUUUAGUAGGAGAAGUGAGUUCAUUGUAUUUCCCUUAAGGUUGUGAGGGGCUGUGGCUAUAGUCGAGUGAGCCAACAGACAGUUUCUUUAUAGUAAAUAAGGUCUGCAAUAAAUUAUUUCACUAGCUCUAAAACCUUUUCCCUAGAUUUUCAUAGGGAGUUGGUUUCUGUUAUCUCUUUAGGUGCUGUGGUAGAAAUGCUACAUUAUAAAUUAAUGUGGGCAUGGAUUUACAGUCGGAGUAUUGUGUAUACUUUAUAGUGGUAAAAUUUAAGCUGAAUGACUGUGUAAUGCAUUAGUGUAUAGGUACACAUAUUUGGAGACAUUUUUAAAAUAGAUUUUUAACCUUAGGUGGUACUACUUUUAUACUUGCGUUGACAUUUUCAUCUGUGCCUUUGGGACAAUUUAAUUUUGAUUAUGAGUUUCUGAUGCCUGUGAGCUGGCUAUCACCUGAACGGUGCUUAGAGGUGAAGGUACUUCCUUAGAAUGCAUCACUGGACACCUUGCUGCCACCUUUUCAGUCUUGCCCUCUCCUCUCUGUUCUUCUUGGAUGCAGUUUACCUAAUUGCAUUAUUCCUAAAGAUUCUUAAAAUCUUAGCACCCAACACACUGUGUUUCGGAUUUCAGAGCAGAAACUAAUUCUGAAUGCCAGUUGUCUGGUGUGUUUUAUAUGAACAAAAUUUAUUUACAGGAUGUUACAAGAAAGGGCACAAACUUUUCAUAGUGCAAUUUUUGCUCCUUCCCAGUCUGUUUUUAUGUAAUGUAGAUUAUGAAAGGCUGGACAUCUAUCAAUUUUCCUUCUGUGGAACUUCAGAGUUAGUCUAGAAUUUGACCCUAAGUCAACCAUUCUCUCUCCAGAGCACUUUCCUUUUGGGUUUGUAUCACCUGAGAAAACAGCUCCUAAAAUCUGUGUGACCUAAAGAGAUGUAGUGAACACAAUUAUCAGGUUCAUGUAGUGAACCUGACAGAAUUCAGGUUUAAGAUUUUUGUCACCAGCUACUCUCAUUUGAGUUUAAUAAUCUAAAGGUCUGAGACUACCGGUUCAGUUUCUAAAUAGUUCUCACAGAUGAUUGCAUUUGAAGCAGGGAUCAAAAAAAAUUUUUUUUGUCAGGAUUGCUACUAGUAACGAUCAACACUUCAAUAAAAGAUGAUUUUCCCAGCGUUUCCAUUAGUGAGCCAGAUGCUGUCAGGGAAACACUGUUGCUUCAAGCGGAACUACAGGCUGCCCCUGCGUAGUUUGGCUU